AUGAGUGAAAAUGUUCGGAAGUGCAACGACCUUGGUAAUGGGGUUUUUUCAUAUGAAGUUGCGGUUUAUAAUGAUAACUUCCAUCGGGUCGUCAUAAGGACAAAUGACGACUUAUUAUCAUGUUCAUGUGAAAAAUUUGAAAUGGAGGGUAUCAUGUGCAGCCACACUCUGAAAGUCCUUAAAGAUGUGAUGUAUGCCAGUGAAAUACCCAGCCACUAUAUUUUAAAAAGGUGGACCAGAAAUGGCAAGGACGGUAGGGUGGAAGACAUAAUUGGCAGCGAUGUUAUUACAGAUCCUAGAUUGGAAAUUAGGCGAAGACACAGGAUCCUUUGUCGUUAUCUAACUGAAAUUUCUGCCAUUGCAUCAGUGAGCAAGGAGGGAUUCAACAAUGUUUUGGUACAGGUGAAAAGUUUGAAGAAGAUUGCUCAAGGAGCACAACCUAAUCCCAGGCCUGCAUGUAACCAAACCGCAUGA